AUGGUGGAAAAUCGAUUUAGCUCCAAAAUCCAACAGUUACAGAUUGAUGGUGGCGGUGAAUUUACCAGCAGAUUAUUCCUGAAUUUUUUAAGUGAUCAUGGCAUCUCGCAUCAGAUCUCUUGUCCAUACACUCCCCAACAAAAUGGGGUGGUGGAAAGGAAACAUCGUCACAUUGUUGCAAUGGGCCUCUGCUUGCUAGCCCAAUCUCGUUUGCCCUCUAGCUUUUGGGUUGAAGCCUUCUCAACUGCGGUUUUUCUGAUCAAUCACUUACCAACUCCUCAGCUUGACAACUUAUCUCCUUAUAAGAAAUUACUUCAUCAUCCACCGGAUUAUAAAUUUCUCAAAAGUUUUGGGUGUGCUUGCUUUCCUCACAUGGUGCCAUACAACAAGCAUAAGCUAUCUUUUAAAUCUAUUCCAUGUGUGUUUAUUGGUUAUGAUGAUCACUAUAAAGGUUAUCGUUGUCUUGAUCCCUUUUCAGGUCGCAUUUAUAUAUCCCGGAAUGUGACUUUUGAUAAGACUAGUUUUCCUUACAAGCAGCCCCAGAAUACAUCUUCAUUGCCCUCUAGUGGACUUCACUCUCUCCCUCAUACCAUUCAGCCCACACCUACAACCCAAUCUGAUCUAGGGCCCAGCACCUACUCCCCACAAAUUCAACUUCCAAAUUCCUUAGCAAAUAAUACUCCCCAAAGCCCAUCACCGUCCACUACCUCUUCUAGCCCGCCUGGCUUGUUCUCACACAAUACAACACCCCAAGCGAUUUCCUCUCCAUCUGACCCACAAACCCCUUCACCUGUGAGUCCUUCCUCAUCGCCAUCACCAAAAUCCACGAACCCACCCUCUGAAUCGGCUUCUCCAUCACCAAAAUCUACAAACCCUCCAUCACCAAACUCCACGAACCCAUCACCGUUCACUACCUCAUCACACAUGUUUUUCACGAACCCACCCUCUGGAUCAACUCCUCCUUCUUCACCUAUUGACCCAUCUAUUUUUCCCAAUUCUCCAGAUACACCAAACCCUCCACAAAAAUUCAAGUAUCUCAACUCCAUCGUUCCUUUCGGUCCUGAAACAAAACCACUCUACUCUAAGACCAGCUCUCAUCCCUUACCUCAUGCUUUACUUGCCGAGUGUUCUGAUCCCAUGUCCAUUGAACCCACGAGUUUCACCCAGGCUUCCCAAUCCACCCACUGGCGAGCUGCAAUGAAGGAUGAAUAUGAUGCCCUCAUGAGAAAUCAUACAUGGUCCUUAGUUCCUGCAACCUCAUCUAUGAAUAUUGUGGGAUGCAAGUGGGUCUUCAAAGUUAAACGGAAAGCAGAUGGCUCGAUUGACCGAUAUAAGGCUCGCCUUGUUGCCAAUGGAUUUAAUCAAAAAGAGGGCUUUGAUUAUGAAGAAACAUUUAGUCCGGUCGUCAAACCAGCCACUAUUCGCACUAUUUUAUCUAUUGUUGUUUCUUAUAAUUGGUUGCUUCAGCAACUUGAUGUUCGCAAUGCUUUCUUGAAUGGGUACUUGCAAGAAGAGGUGUACAUGAAACAACCCCCUGGCUUUCAUGAUUCCUCUCGACCUCAAUUUGUUUGUCGCCUUCAUAAGGCUCUUUAUGGCCUCAAACAGGCACCCCGGGCUUGGUUCCAACGCCUUAGUACCUUUCUUCUUGCUCAGCAGUUUGUUCACAGCCGCUCUGAUGCCUCCCUAUUUAUUCGCCGCUCUUCUUCUUGA